AUGGUGGACGAGCUGGUCCUGCUGCUGCACGCUCUCCUGAUGCGGCACCGCGCCCUGAGCAUCGAGAACAGCCAGCUUAUGGAACAGCUGCGGCUGCUGGUGUGCGAGAGAGCUACCCUGCUGCGCCAGAUACAAAUGAUCUCGUUUGACUCUCAGCCUUGAAAGAUGAGGAGCUUCACAUAUACACUACUUCCCUAUCAACUUUAGGUGUACCUUUACAGUAAGUUCCUGGAAGAAGGACUGCUAGACCAAAAUAUCUUCGAUAUCUCAUCGCAUCUCCUCCCUUGUCUGCGGGUCAGAAGCAGGGAGAGGAUCAACAAGUGGCGUCCAAACAGAGACACUUGAAACUCAGAGCAGGGAAGCCCCGAAGAUCAUCGAACCGGUAAGACUCCCGGGAAAGCAAACGUAGGGACAGGAUCCAGAUGUUAGGGACACUAUAAUGGGCCAACAUGAAACUAAAGCAGAUAAACCGGAAGAUUACUUAAAAUUACUCUGUGCCCUCCUGAAAACACCAGGAGUGAAAAUUUCUAAAAAAGACUUUGCUCAACUUCACAAAUAUAUUAAAAAACAUUGUUACUGGUUGCUGCCACAAGGAACCCUCAGACAAGCUGAUGGGAGUAAUGCAUGAAGAGAUUUCAAAGAGGCUCACAGACAGGGAAACAUUAUCCCUGUGCCUGUUUGGGUAGAUCAAUAGCCCCUUAAUAAAGAAAAAGUGGCAGCCUUACACAAGUUAGUUUAAGAAUAGCUUCAGCUAGAUAGAUUAGAAUUUUCUAUGAGCCCGUGGAAUUCCCCUGUAUUUGUUAUAAAAAAGAAGUUAGGAAAUUAGAGACUCUUACAUGACUUAAGGCAAAUUAAUGUGGUUCUUAUACCUAUGGGACCUUUACAACAAGGCCUCCCUUUUCCGGCUAUGAUUCCAAAAGACUGGAAUAUGGCUAUCAUUGACCUUAAAGAUUGCUUUUUUACAAGUUCUUUGGCCAUAACACAUAGGGGAAAAUUUGCUUUUACUGUCCCUUCUUUAAAUUUACAGGGCCCCUUUAGAAAGAUUUCAAUGGAAAGUGCUUCCUCAAGGAAUGCUAAAGAACCCCACAUUUCGCCCAAAUUAGGUGCAUAGGACUGACUCUUCAGCCUAUACAUGGAAAAUGGCCCUCAGCUUAUAUCAUUCAUAAUAUGGAUGAUAUUCGCAUAGCUCUACAUAAACAUCUAUCUCUUACUACUAUUCUCAAUGAGACCGAAGUUGAAUUAAAACAAUGGGGCUUAUAAAUAACUCCUGAUAAAAUACGAAUACAAUACCCAAUGAAUUACUUGGGGAAUAGAAUUCAAGAAAAUUCAAUAAUCCCUCAGAAAAUUCAGAUAAGGAGAGAUCAUCUUAAAACGUUAAAUGAUUUUCAAAGAUUAUUAGGAGAUAUCAGUUAGAUCCGACCGUUAUUAAAUAUUCCUACUUAUAAACUGCAACAUCUCUUCAAUACUUUGAGAAGACCGUCAGAUCUUAAUAGUCUUAGAGACUUAACCUUAAAAGCUGAAGAACUCAAGGAGGUAGAACAGCACAUUCAAAAAGCUCAAUUAUUAAAAAUUGACUUACCCAAACCUUUACUCUUAUUAGUUUUUCCUUGCUCCCCAUUCAAAGCAGUCCUCUUAGGCCUGUGUUACUUUCUCCUGUGUAAUAUAAAUGGAGCCUGUAAAGUAAUCAAGCUGAACCCUCAGACCAACAUGUAAAUAGCUCUAUUCUAUUGACUCCUUUCCUUAGAGGCAGUCGUCCUGGAGCUAAGCAUUUCCUUGUCUGCAGCCCCAGGGAAGCAAAACAAGCCUGUGACUCAGAUCAAGACUCGAGCAGCGAAAAGUCACACAGUCCCUGCACUUAUCAGACAGGCAGGGGCCUCUCAAGGAAUGACUAGAACUCGGGCAGAAAAAACUAAGAAAACGAACUGAGAGCAAUUUGAACCCUAAAUUCUAAAAUAAAAAGUGUCUUAUCUUCUGCACACAAACCUGGCCUCAGUACAAACUCUCUGAUUAGAGAGGCUUGGCCCCUGAAAGAAGUAUGCAAUAUAAUGUUAUGUAGCUAAAUAUAUUUUGCCACAAGGAAAGAAAAUAGUCAAAAGUCCCGUGAACUACAACAAUAUGGAACUAGUUUUCUAAAUUCUUCUAGUGAAAAUCUAUUCUACUUAUUAAGUUCAUCAUUAUCUUUGAAAAUUGGGAAGUCUUAAACUAGACUCCCUGAGAUAGAAGAAAUUUAUCUUCUGCAAUACAGCCUGGCUUUAAAUGACUGGAGCUAGAAUUGUACUUGCAUUUCAUUUCCAGCCCCCUGUACACACACAGUCCCUAUCAGUUCAGAGCCUUCAUCGGCCCUGUUAGUCUGGGGCCGUCUAAACCUUAACCCAGUUAUGUAAACUGCUCGCCCUUAGAGUGUAUUCUUGAAAACUGAAGUACUUUUAAUCAAGUAAGCUAAAAAGAAAGAAGGCAAUUGAAUAUUGGUAACUCAAAUCUUUAUAUCAGUUUGUCUGUCUGUGUAUAUGUUUUUAUAUGAAAAGUGUUGCUAACUGUAGUCAUUACAUCUCAAUUUGUAUGUUUGUGUGUCUAAGUGUGUAAAUGAAAAAUAUUUUCCUAUCUCCGGAUGGUAUUAAUAAAAAUUUAUUUAAAAACUAGCGCUUGUGAAAAUUGGGCAUUCUAAAACUUCCAGAAAAAUCUAAUAAAAAAUAUUAAACAUUAAUACUAAUUUAAGUUUAACUGAAAUGGACAUGUCCAUAUAGUUAUCAGCUGCUAAAGUUUACUUAAAAUCAUUUAAGUUGAUGUGACCUGUUAAAUAUUUCAAGAAGUUGCUUGAAGAAAAACUUGAUUUUGUCUGAUGUUUGGUAAAAGUUUUAUAAGUAAUCUGGCAUGAUUGCUAAAAAUAAGUAAACAAGUAUAGCAAAUAAACAUCUUAAUAAUAAUACUGUAUUAAUGUAUAAGAGUGUGUAUAUCUGCAAACAGCCUGAGAAUUUUUGUGGUAACCAAAAUUCUUAAAGUUUGCUAAGUUAUAUAGACAUAUUUUGUGCUUAAUGAGAAAUUGUGCUGUAAGGCACAUUUCCAGAAAUGAUAAAAUAUGUUCGUAGCUGUAUCAAUCUGAAGAAUACUGGUGUAACAGUUUACAGUGGCCUAUUUUUCAGUGUUCACUGAAGGUUAAAGUACCAAAUGGUUUUAAGUUCUAAUGAAGACUACUUAAUAUAAUAAGGAAAACAUUUCUGUAUGCUAAAGAAUGUAUGUUUUUAUACAAGAAGGUAUAAGGAAUAGAAAUGCAUUGUAUUGAAAGUAAAAGAAGAUAACUAUUCAAAAGUACAUCUGUUUGUUUAAAGACAGUGAACACUGAAUAUAAAAGAAUAGUUGUAAAAAGUUUAUAAAAAAUUGAUAUGGUCAUGUUAUGUGAAAUUAAAGCAAAUAAAUCUUGAUAUCAAGCACACAAGACUAAAAUCUUUUGUUUCUUAAAAGAGCAAAAGUUUAUUAGUCUACCUUUAAUGUUGAAAGAUUGCAAAAAGUUUUCUAAUUGUUUAUUAAAACAGUUUCUUAUGCUUAAAGUCUCAAUGAAUUGUCUGAGUAUUUAAGAAAAUGAGACAUUAAUAUUAAAAAGACUGUAAGCUAAGUGUUGUUAACAACUAUGUAACCUUCUGUAUUUGCUUUGAAACCUUCUUAUUAUCAUUCUGGUUAAGUUAUAAGUGUUAUUUAAUAACUAUAAUUCUAUUUGGCAAGUGCCUUAAAAACUUUUGACAGCUUCCCAAGACCAAAUUUAAAAAGGUGCUUUUACCUCUAGUUAACUCUGAUAUGUUCCAGAGGGCCCCUGGAACAUAUCAGAGGAAUUUCUUCUCAUCAAGGAAAAUAUUUGACUAAUUGGCUUAUUUAUCUGAUAUAUAUUUACCUAGAAAGCACUGUCAAAAGGAAUAAUGCUAAACUUUAUUACUGAAUGUUUUAUGUUACAGAAAUAUCCAAAUUUCUGUGUAUCAACUGUCUUACAGUAAGUUCUCAUCAGAUCUUUAACCACUGUCAUUUGUAAAUCUUUUGUCAUUUAUAAGCACUGUUUACUCCUAAACUAGUAAAGAACUAGAUUUCAGCAGAACAUAUAUUGGUUAUAUAAAAUUAAGUAAACUACAGAAAAAUGAUUUUAUAGCUUUUUGUUUCAAAUGUUGCUGACAAAAUGUUUUAAGCUUUUUCUCUUAAGCUGACUGACAAUGCUCCAGUUUACCUCUCCUCUACAAUAAAAAAAUUUUUUCAGCUAUGUAAUAUCACUCAUAAAACAGGCAUUUCAUACAAUUCUACAGGCCAAGCUCUAAUUGAACAUUGCCAUCUUACUCUUAAGCAUUAUUUACUGAAAUAAAAAGGGGGAUUACUGCCUGAUAUGAUAAAAUUAACUGCAAAUCAACGAUUAAUACAUGCUUUACAUAUCCUUAAUUUGGCUCUUUUAAAGGGUGACAGACAAUCAACUAUGGAAGUGCAUUUCUGACAAUAUUUCUUUUUCUAAAACAACAGCAGUUCCUGUAUGAUGGUCUCCAAUAGGUUCUUCAAUGGUAUAAAGGUCAUAUUAAGGUGUGGGGCAAAGGGUUUGUUUGUGUCAUUAUAGAGGGCCAACGCUUGAUCUGGCUGCCUAGAAAGCGGAUCAAGAUACGCUAUAAAGAGGAACUCCCAGCAGCAUCGCCAUCUGAGACGGCUGUCCCAGGCGAUGUCCCUCAACCGGUUCCGUCACUGGAGUGAGGAUCCCUACAUGAUAAUGAAGUUUUUUAUUCUAAUCUCUAUACACAUACACAUAACCCAGGCCUGUACUAUUACUGCUAGUAUUAGCAGUCCUCCGUACUUCGGCCGGGGAGUAGUACUUCAUUGUAUCUCCACUUGUUCAACUCCUGUAGGCCCGAUGAUUUGGAAAAAGGAUGGUAAUGAAAUAUACAGACAGAAAGAUGGAGGAAAACUUGGUUGGGAUAAUGCUACUGAUCAGUCUAAAAGAGACAAUACCCGCUAUAUUUAUAAAACAGUUUUAACCCGGAAUGAUAUUGGCAAUUAUUCUUGUGAAAAAUUCCAGAAGGGAAGCCCUGAUCAAAUAUAUAAAAGUAGUUAUGUUUAUUUGAAUAUUUCACUAACCCCAGAGAAUGAGUAUUCCUCACCCAAUAUGUGGUUGCAAUUAGCUAAUCAAGGGCUUAAUAAGACAUCUUUUUGUGUAGCAGGUGAUUCCUCUAUUAGUAGAAUCUUAAGGAAGAAUUUGAUAGGCACAGGACUCACUUUUUCAGGGUUUACUAAUAUUUCUGGAAUAAAUAUUACUUUAGCCCCCAAGAUUCUUACUCAAGAAAUUCAACUGAAUUUACCAGUUAGCACCACUAUAGUUUCUAGUUGUAUAUGUAUCAAUUGUACUAAUAUACCUUCUUACUGUAAUUCUACUAUUCAUGUAAAAUGGCCAUAUGGAUAUAGACUCCCAAAUGGCUGGGUGUUUUUGUGUGAUAACAAAACCUAUCAAGCCUUUUCCUCACAUUAUCAAAGCAUUUGUGGUAUAGGAUGUAUUCUCCCAGCCCUUAUAGAUCAUCCAGGAUUUAAACACCGAAGAGUGACCCGAGCCCUGCCUCCAGAUUGUGACGACAACUUGAAAUUGUUGGACUCCGUUGCCGUUGCAGUCACAGCUGCGUUUGCAUUGCCUGUACCAGGACUCGUUGCAGGAAUGCAGAAGGAAGUAUCUAAGCUGGCCUGUGCCUACAGCAAGACUGCAGAUCUGACUGCUUCCAUACUGUCAGAACUUAAUCAGGAACCUGGAGAAGUUCGAGUAGCAGUGCUGCAGAAUCGUGCUGCCAUAGACUAUUUGUUGCUGAAAGAACAUUUGGGCUGUGAACAAUUUCCGGGAAUGUGUUGUUUUAAUAUAUCUGAUUUUUCACAGACAAUUCAAAACCAGUUAGAUGAUAUUCACCAUAUUAUUGAUAAAUUGUCACAAUUACCUGGAUUACCUGAUUGGUUCUCUUGGUUUCACUGGCUAUGGCCAAUACUUGUAGGCCUACUUCUUUUAUGCAUUUGCCUUCCCGUUUUGGUAACAUGGGUGCACCAUCUGAUUGCUGGCUUAAUAAAGCCAAUUCAUGCAUAUGCUACGUUUCAAGAAGUCAUGGCAAAAAAAAUAAUAAUUGCAUGUUAUUUUCUUGAGAGUCCGUGUGACAGAUCACUGUAUAUUUUUGAAUUCCGCAGCAAUUAAGGGGAUGAUGAGGUGUUUGCAUAAAUCUUUUGCAUGCCUCUUUGCUCUAUUACAUUUACUCCCUGCAUGGCCCCAAGAGAUGGCUGGCUAGCCAGAGACGGGUAAGAUUCCUCAUGGGAGGAACAACCUAAGACAGGCACAGUCGUGGGGGCCAACAGUUCGAGAGAUGAGGGGGUCAACUGAGGCGUGGCUUAGCACCUCGCCCCCCCUGAUGAGGCAUUUCUUGUCGCCCCUUUACCAAGCUGCGGUGGAAUAACGGACUUCUCUUCCUUUUUGAUUUAAAAACGGGAGAAAUGUAGGUUGCUAUUCAUAGAUCAUUCUGUUUUUCCGAGAAUUGAUCGCCUUCCUUGGAAUCUGUGGUGGAUGCCGCAGCUCACUAAAUCUUGACAGAGAUCUGUUUCUUGUUAUCGCUACCCACCCCCCCAUUGUCUGGCACCAGGGACGUCUUACCCCGGCGACCUGGUGGCAAUUACAUUCCUGGAGCAAAGCAUGUUAAUCAUUGUGUCUAGAAACUUGUUAACCCACAUAAGAAUGUGAUUCCUGAUCAAUAAAUAUGAGAGGUGCUCUUUCAGCACCACUCUUGCGCUGUUAUGCCUUGAGUGCCCUGGCUGGCGCUUUCAGAUCUUCGAUAUCUCAUCGCGUCUCCUCCCUUGUCUGCGGGUCAGAAGCCGGGAGGGGACCGACAAUACAUGGUACAAUCUGUAUUAAAAAGAUGGAGCAAAGUCAUUUUGUGAAGUGAAAUUAGCCAUUCAAAGAGGAAAAGUUCAAAUUCGCAUGAACAGGGAGUACAAAGGUGGUUGCCAGGGGCUUGGAGAGUGGGGGAAAUGGGGAUUUUACGGUCCAAUGUGUAAAAAAUUUCAGUAAUAUAAGUUGAAAAUGUUCUAGAAAUCUGCUGUACAUCACUGUGUCUAUAGUUAAUGAUACUGUAUUACACACUUAAAUUUAUGUGUUAAGUGAUCUUACCACAAUUAAAAAAAAUCCUUCUGGAAAUUAAGAGGUGUAGACUUCUCUGAAUUGAUCUAGUAGAAUGUUUUAAAGUGCAUGUCGUGUGAUAAAGCUCUUGGAUAUUUAAUGUUUCUAAACAGGAUGCCUCUAAGUAGACUUGGGCACUCUGGUUCUCAGUGAUUUGAAAAGUGGUUUAAUAUUAAGUAACCAGACAUUGUGUAAUUAAAACAGAAGGAUGUUUCACUUCAUUCCCCUGGUUAAUUGAUUGAUGGUACAUUCUAGUCAAAGUAAGUGAAUUCUGAAUAAUAACCCUUAAAAUGGAAAAUUUAAGAUGAAAUGUGCUGUUUUUGCUGGAUUUUUGCAUUUUAAUAUUUUGAAAAAACAAACUAAUGGCUCUUGAGGGGGAGAAGUAUGAAGACUCCACUUUACAGCUGUGAUAAAGUAUUCAAGGUAAUGAAAGUCAAACAAGAUUAUUAAAAGAAAGAUACAAAGCCUAAAUAAAAACCAGCUCUCUCUCUAUAGAACAUCAAUGCAUUGAAUCUCAGUAUACCUAUCUGGUUACCUUAAUUUAGAUAAAACUGUUCCUGAAGAUAGGCAAAUACACUUAAUUUUUUAAUGGUAAAGAGAAAAAAACUCGUUGGUUUUAUUUUACAACAUAUUGUCUCUGUGUUGAAUUGGAAAUUGUUCAUCUGAUUUACCAAAACCUGGGGUACUCAGUAGUUUUAGAAUACUUUGAGAAUCAUCCUUUAUUUUUUAUGAAAUUAGAACUUAACAAAUGAUAAUGGCAACUGAACAAUUACAGUGUAUUUGUUAAAAAGUACAUGAUUAUUCAAAUCACCAUGUCAGUAAUUAAAGUGCUUUUCUGGCCUUUUAAUGAACAUGUAAUGAGAGACUUUUAAAAUUGCUCAUAGUUUACCUACAGGAUUUUGAUUUCCUCAUUGGAUCCAUUAAAGUUUAUCAUGUAAAAUCCAAGUUUUGGCUCAUUUUAAGUAUUAAAUGUGUGUUUGAAUGUUUCUAGCAAUACCUUAGGAGCCAUUAACUCCUAUCAUACAAAUAUGUAUUAUGAACCUUUAAAAACUGUGUUUCCCUGCCAUUUUAAUUUGCUGUAACAUAGUCUAAUUAGGUCCAGCACAUUUCCUUGGUUAAGAGAGAAGUGUUCAGAAUAACAAUUUUGCCAUGAUAGAAUAAUAGUUUUAUAAGACUUCAUAAAGGUUUUCUUGGCAGAAUCUCCAAUUUGCAAUGUCAGUGUGAGGAUUCCAUAUUCACUAAAUCUGCUUCUAGCUUGCAUUACUGAGGGAUGAAUGUGAAGCUCAGUGCUCAUCAGUAGUUUUUCAGGUAAUUUUUAGAGUUUAAGUAUCAAAAUCUAGGGAGGUUUCUCAGAGGGCUCACAUUUUUAAUUCAGUCAAUUCUUUGUUAUCAGUCACUUCAUUUGUGUCAAGCACUGAGUUAGGAGUUCUAUCAGCCAGAGAUGCAGGAAAGAAGGUUACACACUCCACUCUUGAAGAGGCAGGGGCUGCAAAGCUAGGCUGACUGCAUGAAUUCUAAGGUUUGCCCAGCACUGGAGCUAGCCAGGUAGACAGGGAUAUGGCAGGCAAAUGAAGUCUAUUUAUUAAAUAGGCAAUAACUUUCCUGAAUGAAUGAACAAAUGUAUUUCAUAAUAUAGGAACGUGCACAUACCCUGAAAGGUCACAGAAGUAAGAGCUUUCUCCGAGCUCAGAAAGACUGGCUUGGACUUUGAAGAUGGCUCGUCUGCUUUUGUGUAAUAUUGAAACAACACUUUCAAGAUUUUAACAUGACUCUAGUCAUUGAAAACAGUGAUGUGAACUAGGAGUCUUUUAAAUCUCAGACUCUUGACAGUUUUAUUGAAAUAAGCUUAUUCUUUGUUGUGGAUGUAAAUAUUUAA